AUGGGUCCUGGGCCCGGGGAGUAUGACCCAAAGUCCGUGGAUGGCUGGAAGGCUGACCCCAAGAGCGGCUUCGUUGGCGACUCCCGCUUCCGCUCUCAGGACCUCUCUGAGAGCAUGGGCUCUGGUGGCGUGCCUGCGCUGCGCGAGCCGUCGCCGCCGCGCACGCGCAAGUCGCUGGCGCCUGGCGCCGACCGCAAGUACUCCUGGGCAACGCAACGCAUCACGGAGCUGCAGGCUGAGCUGACCGAGGCACAGGCAAAGAUCAAGGAGCUGAAAGCAAUCCUCAAGGCCCGGCAUACAGAGGUGGAGCUUGCCGCCCAGAACCAGGAGGCUGCUGAGGCGGCGAUUGUCAAGGCCAAGGAGCUAGAGGAGCAGCUGUCCGCCACCAAGACGCAGCUGCAAGCCGCACAGCGUGCGGCCUCCGAGUCUGAGAGCGCCGCCGCCGCGCUGCGCGAGCGCCUGGACGCGCUGCAGGCGCAGGCGGACGCGCAGGCAGACGCGAUCGCCAAGCUGGCGGCGCAGCUGGGGGAGCGCGAGGCCGAGCUUGAGAGGGAGCAGGAGCAGCGCCAGCACGUGGCGGAGAUGCUGUCCGAUGCGCAGCAGCGCUGCCAUGACCAGGAUGGCGAGAUCUGCGCCCUGGAGGCGCGACUGGAAGAGGAGGAGGCGGCGGCCGCCGAGCUGGCCGAGCGCCUGGGCGCCGCCGAGGAGGAGGCCGCCCGGCUGGCCGCGGAGCUGUCCGCCGCCGAGGGAACGAUUGGCGACGCGACCGCGGGGCUCGCGGACGAGCGCGCCGCGCGGGCCGCGGCGGAGGCCGGGGCGGCGCAGCUGGCGGAGCGGCUGGCGGCGGAGGAGGAGGCACGAGAUAGCGCAGAGGCGGCGCUGAGUGCAGAGCGGCAAGCGAAUGGGACGCUCCAGGGGCAGCUGGACGCCGAGCGCUUGGCGCUGGAGGCGGAGCAGAGCGAGCGCGCGGCACUGGAGGCGGCGCUCGCCGCGGCGCAGGAGGAGCUGGAGCAGGACAGGGCGCGCGCCAUGGCGGAGCUGGCCGGCGCGCGCGGGGAGCACGCGGCGGCCCUCGACGCGGCGGCGGAGGAGCUGGCCGCGGCGCGGCGCGAGGGCGAGGUGCUGGCGACGCACCUGGACGCUGAGAGGGCGGCGCUCGCGGCUGAGACUGAGAGGGCCGAGCAAGCUGAGGAGGAGCUUGGGGCCGCACGGCGCGACAUCAAAGCCGGUGCCGCGGCCUUGGCCUCUGAGGCGGCGGCACGGGCGGAGGCUGAGGGGGCACUUGCCGCAGAGCGCGCCGCGCACGGCGCGGCGCGCGAGGGGGCCGCCGCCCUCGCCGCCCGCCUGGAGGCGCAGGAGGCGCGCGCGGCGGCGGCCGAGGACGAGCUGCAGCUUGCGCAAGCCGAGGGUGCGCGACUGACCGCGGCGCUGGCGGACGCCGAGGCGCGGCUCGCAGAGGAGGCACAUGGCGCCGAGUCGCUGCGCGCACACGUAGCGGGCCUUGGGGCAGAGCUGGAGGCGGCGCGGGCAGCGCUGGACGCAAGGGAGCGCGAGGGCGCGCGGCUGGCGGCGCGGCUGGCCGAGGCGGAGGAGCUGCUGGGUGGCGAGCGGCGGGCGCUGGAGGCGGCGAGGGGCGAGGUGGCGGCGCUGCGGUCGGCGGCCGAGGAGGCAGACGGGCAGCUGAGGGAGGCGCGCCGCGAGCUUGGCUGUGCGCGGUCCGCCAUCGAGGAGCACGAGGCGUCCCUCGACCGCCGCGCCGCCGAGCUGGACGCCGCGCGCCGCCAGAACGCCGACGCCGCAGCGGGCGCCGCCGAGCUCACGGCGCAGCUGUCCGCCGCGCGCGGCGAGGGCGCGCGGCUGGCGGGCGAGCUCGAGGGCGCGCUGGGGCGGCUGGAGGCGGGCGCGCGGGCCCUCGACGCGGAGCGCGCCGCUGCGACCGCGCUGCGCGGCGAGCUGGACGUGGCGGAGGCGCGCUGCCGCGAUCUGGGGGAAGAUGGGGAGAAGCUUGCGGCCAUCAUUGACGAGCAGGGCGCCGCGCUGGCCGCCGCGGCCGACAAGGCCGCCGCCCUCGAGGCCAAAGUGGUGAGGUGCGAGGAGGAGAUUGUGGCGGCCCGUGCGGAGGCUGCCGCAGCGGCGAGUGAGGCGGCGGAGCGCCAGGCCGCCCUGGAGGAGCGGCUCGCAGCGGCAGAGCGCUGGGGGGCGGAGACAGCCGCGCAGCUGGACGCCUUGCGCGAGGAGGCCGCCGCCGCUGCUGUCGCGGCCAGCGAGCACGAGGCCGCCCUGGAGAAGCAGAUCGCAGCCGCCGACGGCCAGGUGGCGGAGACGCAGGGGCAACUAGCGGCGCUGCGCAACGAGUCUGCGGCUGCGGCGGCUGCGGCCGGCGAGCGCGAGGACGGCCUGCGGAAGCGCCUCGAGCAAAUCCAGGGCCAGCUGGCUGGCGUAGAGGAGAGCCUCGCAGCGACCGCGGUGGCCGCGUCCGCCGCUGACGAGGCGGCCGACGAGCGCGAGGCGCAGCUGCAGGGGCGGCUGGCGACCGAGGAGGCGCGGGCGGCAGCGCUUGAGGGGCAGCUCGGGGCGGCGCGCGAGGCGGCGGCGGCCGCGGCGGCCGCUGCCGGCGAGCGCGAGGGCGCGCUGCGGCAGCGGCUGGCGGAUGCGGCCGCUGAGCUGGCCGACGCGACGGCGCAGCUGGCAGAGGCGCAAGAGGCCUCAGAGGCGGCGGCCAGGGGCGCGGCCGAGCGCGAGGGGCGGCUCGAGCAGCGCGUCGCGGCGGCCGAAGCGCUGGCCGUAGACCUGAGCGCGCAGCUAGCUGCUGUGCGGGAGGCGGCCGACGCCGCAGCCCAGGACGCAGGCGAGCGCGAGGCGGCGCUGAAGCAGCAGCUGGCCGACGCAGAUGCCGCCCUUGCAGACGCCCGCAGCGCGGCGGCCGCGGCGGCCGCGGGCGCAGACGAGCGCCAGCAGGCGCUGACGCGGCGGCUUGCAGAGCAGGGGGCGCGGCUCGAGGAGACGGCGGCGUCUCUGGACGUCGCGCGGUCCGAGGCCGCGGCCGCAGCCGACGCAGCCGCCGGCCGCGAGGCGGGCCUGCGCGAGUCCCUGGCGGCCGCGGAGGCUCAAACCAACGAUACCCGCGGCCGCCUGGAGGCGGCUGAGGAGGAUCUCGCGGGCAGGCGCGCCCAGGGGGCGGCGCUGGCGGAAGAACUCGCGCGCGUCGAGGCGCUGCUGCGGCAGUCGGAGGGGCGCGGGCAGGCGCUCCAAGCUGAGGCCGCCGAGCUCCGGGAGGUGCUGGAGGCGGCGCGCGGCGACGGGGCCGCCGCCGAGGCGCAGUCCGCGGCCCUGGCCGACGUGCUGCAGGCCGCGACCGCCGCCGCGGCCAACGCCGAGUCCCGCCUGGCCGCCGCCGCCGCCGCCCGCGACGCCGCGCGCGCGGCGCUGCUGCGCGAGGGCGACGCGCGCGCCGACGCGGAGGCGCGCGCCGCAGGCGCCGAGGCGCAGCUGGCGGUGGCGGCGGAGGAGCUGGCCGCGGAGCGGGAGGAGGCCCUCGGCCUGCAGCGGCGGGCGGAGGGGCUCGAGGCGGCGCAGCGGGAGGCCGAGGCGCGCGCCGCAGAGGCCACGGCCGCGGCGGCGCGCGCGAGGGAGGAGGCGGAGCAGGCAGCCGCGGACGCCGCGCGGCGGGCGGCGGCGGCGCGGGCGGAGAGGGAGAUGCAGGCUAAGGAGCUGGACAGCAUGCGGCAGGAGCUGUCUGCGAUGUGCCAGCGCGCGGCCGACGCGGAGGGCCGCGUGCUGACGCUGGAGGGCGAGGUGCUGCGGGCGCAGGAGGAGCUCGCGGCGCGCAGCCCGCCGGGGGCGCGCACCGAGGAGGUGGUGGCCCAAAUGCAGCAGAAGGUGGAGGCGGCGCGCACCGCGCAGGCCGCCGCCGAGCGGGAGGCCGCGGCGGCGCGCCGCACGGCGGCGCACGCGCAGCCGCUUCAAUUCUGUCCAGCGUGCAGCCCGAAGCCGAGCAGCACGGCCUCGUGCCCAUACGAGUAA